UAGCACGGUCACGGGCGUAAACAUGUUGCGUCAUUGUCGUGAUCUGUAACAGUCGCGGUGUGGUGAGCGGCAACCUCUCUCACGCUUUUUCCCUCGAACAUCAACGACCAAUCAAUAUUAAUAAGUCUUGCAAUGCCGUUGUUGCUUCGUCUACGACCAUCACCUACACCCCGAUACGCUCCCUUGGCAGCUAUUAAACAUCUAAAUAACACUCUGUACUGUUUCUCUCUUUAACGUGGACCUAUGCCCCAAAGGAGCGUUACCGGACACCACACCCUCCUUCCAGCGGCGAACACUAGCAAUGAGAUCAUCAUUCCACUGGUGCCGAACCGCUCAUUCCUUGAGUGGACUUUUGGAAGAGGAACCGCGAUUUGGAGAAUCUGGCCCGCUGUAUUCCUCCAUACCGCGUUCGCAGGAUUGGUUGUGACGCUGUCUCUUCUCGAUAUGAUCAGGCUCAACAUACCCAGUGUCCUACUUACGCUACUUGGUGUCGUUAUUGGUUUUGUCAUCUCAUACCGCGCCAUGUCAGGAUAUGACAGAUACUGGCAAGGACGCUCUGUUUGGGCUGAUGUGAUUCGUCAGUCACGGACAUUCGCUCGCUUCGUGUGGUACCAUGUUCCCCUCGAAAUCGAAAACGUACAGAAAGACGGAGAGGAGCAGAACGAGGAGCAGAAAGCCAAGGUCAAAAAGGAAAAGCUGAAGGUCAUGCAGCGCGUUAUGGCAGAGAAACGUAUGGCUUUAGAGUUGAUUGAAGCGUUUUCUGUUGCUCUGAAGCACCACCUGCGAGGAGAAAAAGGAAUAUACUACCGAGAUCUGUACCAUCUUGUAAAACCCCUGCACGAGCACUACAGUCGUCACUCCGGACACCCCACCCAACCGCUUGGCUCGUCCGAGCGGCAGACUGCCGUGACCAUCCGCACCCCGGCGCAUGUCUCAGACCCGGUUACCCCGCCCAUUAACGGAUAUGGCUCUGCCAAGACCACGCACUCUGCGCGCUCGGGUCACCUCGGUCAUUCGAGCCACGCCUCUGUGUCCUCGCACAACUCGGAUCCCGACGAGCACAGCCCGUUGCUGCCGGGCAUGACCUCGACCGCAAAGAACGGCCUCGUCUCAAGUGUCUCGAGCGACCUCAUCCCCUUCUCGGGCGUCGUCUCCGAGAUCUCUGCGUGGUUUGGCUCCUGGCGCAACAAGCGGCGCCCGCGCCUGCCUUCGGGGGCCGAUGUCGAGACUGCGGAACAGAUGCAAGAGGCGGAUGCGCUGGGCGGCAUGAGCGAGCGGCUCUAUUGGACCCACGCGAAACACCGGCCCAAGAUCGCGGGCGGAGGGGAAAAUGUGCCCCUCCAGGUUGUACGGUGCUUGUCGGUCUGGUUGAGCGUGUGCGAAGAGCGCAACUGUGUUCCUGGAAACACCCUCGGUGGCAUGUUCGGCAGCCUUUCCGCCUUCGAAGACAGCCUUGCCAAUUCAGAGAAGAUCCUAACGACCCCGCUGCCAUUCAUGUUCUCUGUACACAUCAGGUACACCGUGUGGCUCUACCUCUUCGCGCUGCCCUUCCAGCUCCUGGACCUCUUCGGGUGGUACACCAUCCCCGGCGUCGGCAUCGCCGCGUUUAUCUACCUCGGCUUCGUUGCAGCCGGCGAGGAGAUCGAACAACCCUUCGGGUAUGAUGAGGGCGACCUGGAUCUCGACCUCUUCUGUCGCGAGGUCAUCUGCGCGGACAUGGACCAGCUCAAGCGCACGCCUACGCGCAACGUGUUCCUUGGCGCACCCCAUGUCAGCGACGAGGUCGUCGUGAAUGAGGGCAAGGAGGACCGGCUCGGCCGCCACGGACGCGUCGAAGAGGUAUUUGGCGUCGUCAGAAUCCUCGACGCGAAUUAGGGGAGACUUCCAAGAGUGGAAAUGGACACAUGUGUAUAUGUAGCAGUGCGACCGUGCGUAAGAAUUCGGCCGUCGUGCCCGGCAUAGUUACAGCAGCAGCGCGCCGUGUUCGUGGAAGGGACGCAGCGUUUCAAUCACCGAGGCGCGCUCGUUCUCGUUCAGGUCAGCGCGGCUGCGGCGGAUCUUGAUGGCGGAAAGGCCGUGCUCCAAAUACCACGUCAAAUCCUCAUUGAGGACACAGAGGGACUCGAAGUCGUUGAACGCGGAAUCGAAGCGCAGUACGAGGGUGAGGCCGGCGGACGUGUCUCUGUCGGUCCAUAGGUCGGCUAGGAGUCCUGGUACAAGUUCUAGCGCGCCCGGUAUCCAGUACGACGGCAGACUGAGCUCGAGCUCGCGAAGGCCCGUGCAGUACUCCAGGCCGAGCGAGGUCGGAAGGACAACUCGCGAGGGGUACAUGCACCCGAUUUCUAUGCGGAGGGCGCGUAGGUUCGCUCCGGCUUCAGCCAAAAGCGUUGUAAGCGCGUCCGCAUCGUAUUCGUCGAGUAGGACGUCCAGCUCGAGACAGGCGAGGUUGGGCGGCACGCCGCGCAUGCACAUGCCCUGGACGAGCAGCGCGAGGGCCUCGGGCGAGUGGUGCGGGUACAGCGACCGCCCCGCGUCGAUCCGUUUGAGGCGGCGCAUCGUGAAGUGCUCAAGGACGCUGAGGAGUAGGUCGCCCUCGAUGUCGCACUCGUCAGGGUCAUCAUACGCGUCCCAGAAGAGCUCCUCGACGUGCGGGAAGAGCGAGAGGAGUGCGAAGGCGGAGCUUCCCGAGAUGAGGCUGUCGCGCACCUCGAGCGUGCGCAGCGCACCGUGCUGGCCAAUCAGCAUGUCGUGCUCGGACCAGCGGAGCGUUGUGCGCGUGAACGAGAGCUUCGUGAGCAGCGGAAGUUGUUGCAUCAGCGCGUCGACGUCGUCCAGCGAGAGCUGGCACGCGUCGUGCUGCCACCCGACGAGGCUGAGUUCCCGGACGCUCGUGCGUAUGAGUUCGCCCGUCUCCUCAAGGAACCACAGGAGCGCGCAAGUCAGCGGUGCCCCAAAGUUCUGCUGGCGACACCGGCGCGAGUACCCGUCCCAGUCCUCGUGUUUCCCGGGCAUGUACGACCGCUCCCACCCGGCGAUAUUUGCAAGGGAGAUCCAAGAGACUUCGAGCUUCCGAAAGAGGUGUGGACGUGAGGCGUAGAACCACGCGCGGCUGACGAGGCUGCAUUGCGACAACGUAGGCUUGUCGUCGGAAAGGUGGGUAAAGACUUCACCGAGGAGCUCCAGAGGAAGUCUUGUACAGAUGGAUAGACGUGCCGACAGAGUUUGAUUGGAUGAAGAGCGUUGGAUGUUCCGCUGUAAUUGCGCUGCAAUCAGUGCUCUCUGUCUGAUUGGUAUGCCGCGCCGGGCGAGAGACGGUUCCAGCGAAAUCUCGUGUAUCUUGCCCGUGGGAGCAGUAGCAGGCCUGCGUGGCAAGCUCAAACGCUGCAGGAUGGUCAUGGUGGUGGAUGCUGUCUCGGAUUCUUUGGAAGAGACGUGCUGACAUAGCCCGCAUUAGUCACGAGCGCCCAGACUCAUACAGCCGCCUGAGUAACGCACGAGCAGACAAGACCUCUGCGCGCUGUGGGCUGUGGUUGUGAUGAGGCGCGAAAGGACGAGGUGACCGAGAAGCGGAAGGGUACUUGUAUAUGGAACGGGACCCGAGAAUCC